CUCUGGCCUGCCCUGCAGGAGUCACAGUCCCGGCCGGGGCUGUGGGAGCACAGGCCUACGUUGAAGACAGAGCCCUUCUCCAGCUUCUUUGUCUCCCAUCCUGAUUCUUGCCACUGGAUGCAGGAUGCUGUCCUCUCCUGGUGUGAUGGCAUGCUCACGGACCUGCUCCCGCAUCCUGGGGCUGAGCCUCGGGACGACUGCCCUGUUUGCUGCUGGAGCCAACACAGUGCUCCUCUUUCCCAACUGGGAUGUGAGCUACCUGUUGAGAGGCCUCAUUGGCAAGCAAGCCAUGCUGGGCUCUGGGCUCUGGGGAGGAGGCCUCAUGGUACUCAUUGCAGCUACCCUCAUCUCCUUGACGGGCUGGAGAUAUGGCUGCUUCAGUGAAAGUGGGCCCUGUCAAAGUAUGCUCACUGCUCUGCUGUCCAGUAGCCUGGCUUUUCUAGGAGCCUUGAUUUGCUUUAUCACUUCUGGUGUAGCCCUGAAAGAUGGCCCUUUAUGCAUGUUCGAUGCCUCAUCCUUCAAUCAGAUGCAAGCUUGGAAAUAUGGUUACCCAUUCAAAGACUUGCAUAACAGGAAUUAUUUGUAUGACCGUUCACUCUGGAACUCUGUCUGCCUGGAGCCUUCUAAAGCCGUCAUCUGGCACGUGUCCUUCUUCUCCACCCUUCUGUGCGUCAGCCUCCUCCAGAUUCUCCUGGUGGUCAUUCAUUUCAUCAACAGCUUCUUGGGACUUUUCUGCAGCCUCUGUGAGAAGUGAUAGGUAAAUGCCCUUUCAUGCGAGAGAGUUUUCCUCAGAAACUGUCUUGAAUCCCUUCUGUAAGAAGUGGGUAUGGAUUGUAAACAAACUUCUUUUUUAGGUAUGCCUGUAACAAUGAUUCCUUGAGCAUAGGCUGAAUGAUAUUGAAUUUUGAAUCACAUUGUAAACUGCAAGUCAUUAUUAUUGUGUAGGAACUUACGGUUCAUAAAAUGUCUUCCAGCCAUGGCCUCAUUUCAGCCUCUCAACAACCCUGUAAAAUUGGUCACAGGUCACAGAUAUAGCAGUUAAAGUUCCUAGAACAUAACAGACUUAAUGCCUAAAAGCUCUCACCUGGGUUCAGGUAAAGUUAGUACUUGAGCUCUUAUCUUCUAAAUUCAAGUUCACCGGUUGUUAUGCACUGAACUGUGUGUCCCCAAAAUUCAUAGGUUGAAGCCCUCACCCCCCCAUGUGACUAUAUUUGUAGAUAGAACCUUUAAGAAGCUAAUUAACGUUAAAUGAGGCCAUAAAGGUAGGACCCUAAUCCAGUAGGACUAGCAUCUUUUUUUUUCUAAAUGCUUAUUUAUUUUUGAAAGAGGGAGAGAGACAGAGCGCAAG